UACUUCAGCUUGUGAUUUCUCAUCAUUCUCCUCCAAACAUUAGCAACACUGGAAAAGGUGUGGUGUUAAAAAAUACUAGUGUAUACUCAGUGCAUCAUAAAAUGGAGAAAUGUUAUGCUGCGACAUUUCUACUCCGCAAAAGGUGGCCAAAUGAUACUGCUCUGAUGGAUUUAAACGAUGAAAUCGUCAGACGGAAUGCCGUCCCUUUAGUGGUUCUUGGGGCUAUUUUCCUUUUAGGACUACCGGCAAAUUCCAUCAUGAUGCACAUAUUUCGGACAGCUUUCAAAAAAACUGCUUAUAGAUUAGUUUCAAUUUGGCUUGCGUCCCUUGGAUUGACUACCGUUCUCUUUGUUGUGCCCAUCACAGCAUUCCUAUUGUUGUGGGAAAUAGAUCACCCGUCCGACCUACAGUGUAAAAUCUGCGUUUUCCUUUCGGCAUCCCAAGUCGUUUUUUGCCAUCUUAUACUUUUUGUUAUAGCCGUGGAAAGAUACCGAAAGGUGUUUUAUCCCUUUCAAUGGCAAAUCAAGGAAAAGGAAAUUAAUUUCUACCAUAUCAUUGCAUUGCUAAUUGCUGUUGCAGCUGCAGCGCCACAUGCCAUAUUUGUUGGACAUCGCACUGUUCCAACGGGAAUACAAGGUCUGAAUGCCACUUUCUGUUUCAUAUCCAACAGUUACAUGGACUCCGACAUGCCUGCAGUGUAUUACGUCACGCUGAACCUCGUCUCCUUCAUUGUCACGGUUUGCAUUAUAGUCAUGUACGGACGGAUCAUCCACCUCAUAAGGUAUUACAGAAAACAAGCACAAAGGAAUGAUAUAUUUCCCGAGAGCGACCAGAACAACCCAGUAUGCUUUGCGAGCGCAACUCGAAUUCUGGAAACGAGGCGGACGACCGUUACCCUAUUCGCGUCAACGUUGACGUUUAUCGUCACUACGUUUCCUUUCACCGUCACCGCCAUGACGCUUUUGUUCAAAACAGACGUGUUCUGCACCGCUGAUAAAACUAUCUUCAUUUCCGAAGUGAAGUCAAGCAGCUGUGUUCAAGGGUACACGCCAAUAACCCACGCCAACGAUUUUAGAUAUUGCUGUAUCCAGCGUAAAUUUGGCAACACCUACUACGCUGUAUGUGCAUGAUAAUACCGGUAUAUGUGCAUGAUAAUACAUGUGCAUGAUAAUACCGGUAUAUGUGCGUGAUAAUACCGGUACAUGUGCAUGAUAAUACCGGAACAUCGUUCAUGAUAAUACCGGUACAUCGUUCAUGUCUAGAUUCACCUUCUUAAGUUGCCUAAGUUUUUGUGCGAUCAUGGUUAGAAUUCCAGCACACAGUUUACUAGAUUCUUUAAUCUACGUUCUCUCCAGGAGGAAAGGUAUUAACAGGAAACGAAAACGGUUCGAUAAAAACGAUUUUUCUUCUGGUGCGCCUUUUGCAUCGUGUGCUGUGCCCCUCAUCCGAAAUACACGUCUUCCCUGAUGUUCUCAUGGACUAACCUCUUAUUUGCAUACCCUGUGGGGACCUCAUGCAUUAAGGCAUCCACAUCUGAGUGACACUCAAACUGGUUCUGUGUUAGCUGUUAUAUAUUACAACUGAAAAUGAUUUAUUUUGUUAUCCUAACAAAUAACAAUGCAAGGGAAAAAACCCCAAAUUAUAUUGUUCUUAUAACAAAUAAAAAUAUAAUAAAUAUGUUUACGCCAAAA